GCUCCCUGCCGCGUGCGCCCGGGCAGUGCACCUCGGCAGGCCCCAGCCAUGUCGAUGCUGCCGUCGUUCGGCUUCACGCAGGAGCAAGUGGCGUGCGUGUGCGAAGUUCUGCAGCAAGGCGGGAACCUGGAGCGUCUGGGCAGGUUCCUGUGGUCGCUCCCCGCCUGCGACCACCUGCACAAGAACGAAAGCGUGCUCAAGGCCAAGGCCGUGGUUGCCUUCCACCGCGGGAACUUCCGCGAGCUCUACAAGAUCCUGGAGAGCCACCAGUUCUCGCCUCACAACCAUCCCAAGCUGCAGCAACUGUGGCUGAAGGCGCACUACGUGGAGGCCGAGAAGCUGCGCGGCCGGCCGCUGGGCGCGGUGGGCAAAUAUCGGGUGCGCCGAAAAUUCCCACUGCCGCGCACCAUCUGGGACGGCGAGGAGACCAGCUACUGCUUCAAGGAGAAGUCACGGGGCGUGCUGCGCGAGUGGUACGCGCACAACCCAUACCCCUCGCCUCGUGAGAAGCGGGAGCUGGCGGAGGCCACUGGGCUCACCACCACCCAGGUCAGCAACUGGUUUAAGAACCGGAGGCAAAGAGACCGGGCCGCCGAGGCCAAGGAAAGGGAGAACACCGAAAACAAUAACUCCUCCUCCAACAAGCAGAAUCAACUCUCUCCUCUGGAAGGGGGCAAGCCGCUCAUGUCCAGCUCAGAAGAAGAAUUCUCACCUCCCCAAAGUCCAGACCAGAACUCGGUACUUCUGCUGCAGGGCAAUAUGGGCCACGCCAGGAGCUCAAACUAUUCUCUCCCUGGCUUAACCUCCUCGCAGCCCAGCCACAGCCUGCAAGCCCACCAACAUCAGCUCCAGGACUCCCUGCUGGGCCCCCUCACCUCCAGUCUGGUGGACUUGGGGUCUUAAGUGGGGAGGGGCUGGGCCUGGAAGCAGUGACUAGGGACACCUGUAAAUAGAAAUCAGGAACAUUUUUGCAGCUUGUUUCUGGGGUUCUCUGCAUAUAAAGGAAUGGUGGACUUUCACAAAUACCUUUUUAAAACUCAAAACCAACAGCAAUCUCAAGCUUAGUCGCCUUCUUCUCUCCGACUCUUGCAUUUCCCAUCCCAGUGCAGAGAUCAGGGAAAAAAAAAAACCCAAACAAACAAAAGCACCCAGUCACCCAGUCUUGGUUCUGGGCAAUCCAUGUGCCAGCUUCAGUAGCCUUUCUUUUUUUUUUUUUUCAGUGAAUGGGAAUUACAAAUCAACUGGAUUUUAAAUAUUUCCUUUUAAUUUAUUUAUGGAAAAUUCUUUUUGGGAAGAGGAAAAGGAAAUGAAGAAAGAGAGAGAGAAGUCAAAAUUGUGAAAAUAAGAGCCUCCAGCCAGGAGGAACUGGUUGCAUUCUUAAGGUGAAUAGAAAAAAUAUGAUCUUAUAACUUUUUGAUGGGGAAAAUUAAGUUUACAGUCUUCAUUAUUUAGUGUUAAACACUUUUAUGUAGAUUAAAAUGAAAGAACAGUAUUAGGGGGAAAAAAAGUGCCUAAACGUCUUAAUGCUCUCUGUGUAAGGCCGUUAGAAAUAGCAGUGACCAUUAGUAAUACAACUAUUUUUGUCAAAUUUAGUGGGGUUUUUGGUUGUUGUUUGUUUUCUUGGGUUUUUUUAAUGGCAAACUUUAAAAAUGUACCAAUGUGAAAAAAACAUUUUCCUGAAUGCCAUUACUUCUCAUGCCCUUGAAGCUUUCAUAUCUGUAGCCUACUCCUGUUAAGGGUUUCUCUUGUUCCUAGUUUCUAGCCUGCAAAAAUAUACGACAAAUCUGGCAACCUGGUAUUUGUUACUAAAACAGCAUGUGUUUUCAGGUUUCUUUUCUAUUGUACCUAAACCAGUCUAAAUUAAAACUUAGUAGAACACCA